GGUAACAAAGCCAAAUUUAUGAUUCGAGAAGGGGAGCGACAUCCCACAUGGUGGAGAAGAUCCAACCUCCCUGAGAAGAUCAAGUAAAUAUAGAAAGCACUUAGGUUCAGGUGGAGACUGAGAUCUUCCCGACCAAAACCAUGGAGGAACUUGUAAGACACGAGCGAAAAAUUGCUUUAUUACACCUCCAUCAUCAUCCACGACCACACUUCUUCAAUUGUACAUUCACGAAACACUCAGUGAUCAGUGUCCUACAUUACAACUCGUUGUUUACGUUGGAAGAGCGUCGUAAUGGUGCUGUGAUUAUCCAUUUUCUCAUCAGUCUCUACUGCUUUACGGCUCUUGCUAUUCUCUGUGAUCAUUACUUUUGUGCUUCGUUGGAAAAGCUUUGUAAAAGAUUACGUAUCCCAACAGACGUGGCAGGCGCUACAUUCAUGGCAGCCGGGAGUUCCAUGCCGACACUAUGCAUCGCCAUCGCCUCCGUAUUCAUGGACGAAGGAGACAUAGGGCUAGGCACAAUCAUAGGCUCUACCAUGUUCAACAUUCUAUUCAUCACUGCGGUUUGUGGAUUAUGUGCUGGGAUGGUCAUUACUCUUCACACGUGGCCUCUUAUUCGGGAUUCGUUUGUCUAUGUCGUCCAUUUGACGGGUCUGUUGAUAGUCAUUCAGGAUAACGUGGUCCAUUUUUACGAGGCUUUACUUUUUCCUUUGCUGUACAGUUCGUAUGUGGUGAUCAUGGUUUUUAACACUAGACUGGAGAAACUCUUUGAGAAAAUGUGUGGUAGUUAUUGCAAGUAUUUUAGGAUUCAUAAAGGGAUGGAAAUGGUAGAGAUGGAGGAUCCUAGAGAUUUUAUGAAUUGUAACGAAACUCCGAAAGAUCAAGACGCGACUGAAAAUAUAGAAAAUAACGUCGAAGAUAAGAUAUUAGAAGAGAAAGAAUCUCAGGAACACGAAACCGAAAAAAGGUCCAAACACGAGGAAGAACCAAAGUCAAAUUUCGAAGAAGAAAGCGAGGGGACUUCCCACGUACAUGGAUUUAAGCCCUCUUCACCAUUUCACAUGCCCGAGCCCCUACUAAAACGGUCCCUGUGGUUCAUUUUGCUGCCACUGCAUGCAAUCUUCUACGUAACGAUGCCUGAUUGUCGAAAGAAGGAAUGGGAGUCUUGGUACCCCGUCACAUUUUUUUUAUCAAUAGUAUGGAUGGCAAUGAUUUCCUACGUUCUAGUAUGGACUGUAUCAAUCAUAGGCGAGACCCUAAGUAUCCCAGAAUGCAUCAUGGGGCUGACUCUUCUUGCAGCCGGCUCUAGUGUCCCGGAUGUGGUGUCCAGUCUCGUGGUUGCCAAACACGGCAUGGGAGACAUGGCACUAGCUAACUGCAUUGGUAGUAAUAUAUUCGAUAUUCUGUGUCUUGGGCUUCCUUGGUUUUUAGCUACAACCGUCGUCCAUCCACACAGUGUUGUACUCAUUCAAAGUGGCCACAUCAUCUACACGGCACUUUGUUUGUUUGGGACGGUGUUCAUUACUUUGAUAGCAAUUCAUUUAAACAAGUGGAAUUUGGAUAAGCGGCUAGGGUGCGUGCUGCUUUUUGUCUAUCUCUUGUCUUUGUCAGUUGCUGUACUAUUGGAGGCUUUGCCUGGAGGGCCUGGAGGUCACGGCCAUGAAGCCAAGCUAAUUCCCCACCAUCCGGGACAUGUCCCUCGAAAGGGACUGGGUCAUAGUAGACACCAGGCCAGCGCUAAUGCACUACACAGCACAUAACUACGAGACCUGGUUAUGAGGCCAAUCUGAUUCCGGAAGACGUAUCAAGGAAAGGAUUGGGCUGGUAUUUAUCAUUUAGUCACGAAC